UCUAUUUCCGGAAAACGAAUCAAAAACAAAACUCCGAAACUCCAUGUUCGACAAUCACACUCGUUGAAAGGCUUAUGUUAUCAACACAUUCUACCAGAACAAGAAUCACACUCUCACUUCGAGCUAAUUACUCAUGAGCCAAUGGGAAACCGAGAUCAAGAUAAAUAUAGAACACUCAAGACGAUAUCAGACCGCCAGCCGGCCCGUCCAGUUGGGUUCGAUUUUUUGUUUAGUUUAUCUUCGCGGAAAUGUAUCAUGCUUCCAAAUAUUCGACCACAUAUGGUUCACAUAGUUCAGUCGGUUGUGGCCGGCAUACCAGUUCAAAGGGCACUUGUGGCGCGAGCGCGCACUUUUUAACGAAAUGAUUCGGGAUCGCUUAAAUUCCCUGCUAACGAGACGAGAGAUUGCGGAAUCUGUCGAGACGCUUGCCCAGCAGCAUGAGUUCAGGACGUUGCUCAACCAGAAGCAGAUUAUCCAGGAUCUCGGUCAGUUCUCGGAAAUCUUCCGUUGGAUCGUUGAUUUGCAGCAGAACAUCCAGGCCAUCGAGGCGGAGCUUUCCGGAAGCGGUUCCAUCAAGGCCAGUAAGAAGCUGGGCGAUAAUGCAACCCUGUGUCAUAAGAUUUUCAGUGCCGUCAAACGAGUGGAGGCGGAUUUGGAGAAACUGAAUCUGCAGAAAGCUGAUGAUGAUGGAGAAUCGAGUCCGAGUGAAAACGACAAUUUGGUUGAUCUGGUGCGGAGCAAGCAAUUUGAAUGUGUCAAAGCUGCCUACAUUGAGGCGUACUGGAUGUUCCAUGCAUUGGUUCGGAGUUACGAGCAGGCGGUCAGGAAGCGCGAUCAAUGUGCAUCAUCGCACCAAACCCUAACCUCGCAAUCACAGUGCGACGUCUCGAAACCAAACCACGACGACGUAGAUGCCGAUCAUCAACCGUCUCGACGCCACUCGCUAGAUGAACAGAUUCAUCCCUCAGAUUGUACCAGAAUCGCCAUCGUCGAGGAAAACGCAUCCGAAACGCUCCAAGCCGUCGAGGAACGCCACCAGGAGCUGCAUGUGCUGGAGCGAACGCUCGUCGAAAUGCGGGAUCUGUUUGUGCUGUUCUCAACCCUGGUGAUGGAGCACGGCAGUAUGCUUAAUCUGGCGGAAACCAAAGUUCAGGAUGCGGCCGAGCAUGUGGCCACGGCGGCCGCGGACAUUAAAGAGGCCCACCACUAUUACCGGAAAGUUGGCGGCAGGAAGUGGUUCUGCUUCGAUGUUACUUGCUGUUUGUUGGUGCUGUUGGCAUUGCUGGUUGCGAUUGCUAUUUAUUUGGCGCUGAAGAAGUUCUUGUUUUGAUCAUGCGAGUUCUUGCGUUGUUUCGUGGAGAUGAAAGAAUUUCAUCUUAUAGAGUAAGGUGGUGCAA